UGCACUUUUUUUAAGUUGAGUUGGCAUUACUGGUGAAAAGUUAACAGCUGAUGGCGACAUUGCGAAAAAAACAUUUUUUGCAACGUAAAUACGAGAAAUAUAGACCAAAUUUUUCAAAAUAGCUAUUAAAAAUGAAUCAACUACCGGACGAUUACUUUCGCUACAUCUACAGCUCUUCUUUGCAUGAACAGGUGCAAAUAAAGGUUGGUACAUUGGAAGGCAAAAAACGGCAACCGGACUACGAAAAACUACUUAAAGAUCCUAUUCUACGCUUCUCUGGUCUUUAUUCAGAGGAGUGUCCUGCGUUCCAAAUACGAUUGCAAGUGUUCAACAAAAGUAAACCAUACUGUUUGCCUGUCACCACCUCUUAUAAAGCCUUCACGAAACGUUGGAGCUGGAAUGAAUGGGUGACACUGCCGUUACAAUUUUCUGAUCUACCACGCACUGCAAUGCUAGCUCUAACGAUCCUUGACUGUGCAGGAGCCGGUAAAACCACUGUUAUAGGUGGAACAGCAAUUUCGUUAUUUGGCAAGAAUGGUUUAUUUCGCCAGGGUAUGUUCGAUUUACGUGUGUGGUUAGGUGUCGAAGGAGAUGGCAGUUAUCCAUCCAAGACGCCUGGUAAAGGCAAAGAGUCAUCCAAAUCACAAAUGCAACGUUUAGGUAAACUUGCAAAGAAGCAUCGUAAUGGUCAGAUGCAUAAAGUCGAUUGGCUGGAUCGAUUAACUUUUCGUGAGAUUGAGGUGAUAAAUGAACGUGAGAAACGUAUGUCGGAUUACAUGUAUCUAAUGAUAGAGUUUCCCACUGCAGUUUUCCAAGACUAUUAUAAUUAUUCCAUUGUCUAUUUUGAACCAGAAGGCGAUAAAAGCCAUAAAAUACUAUCAAAACCAAAAUUGGUGACUGUACCGGAUUCGGACAUAUUGCAGGAAAAUCUCGUCGAGCGAAAGCAUCAUCGUCUAGCACGUUCUGAACGCUCACGCAUUUCUGAUCGCGAUGCAAAGCCCACUGCUAUUAUACGUAAUCAGCUGCACACCAUUGUUUACCGUUAUCCACCAACAUGUGUACUCAGCAGCGAGGAACAGGAUUUAUUAUGGAAAUUUCGAUUUUAUUUGUGUUCACAUCGCAAAGCUUUGACGAAAUUUCUGAAAUGCAUCAACUGGGAAACUCAACACGAGGUUAUGCAAGCACUGUCUCUGCUCGCCAAAUGGGAGCCCAUGGAUGUGGAGGACGCCCUGGAGUUGCUCAGUCCAGCUUUUACACAUCCAGAGGUCCGGCGCUACGCCAUCAGCCGCUUGGCCCAAGCUCCUGACGAAGAUCUAUUGCUAUACUUGCUGCAACUGGUGCAAGCAUUAAAGUACGAAAAUUUUGAUGAUAUCGUAGAAUUGCACAAACGCCUCUUCCCUGACCAUGAUGUUGUACGCUCUUUGGACGGCAGUUCUACCACCUUAGAUCCAAAUUCCAUAUGUUCGGAUUCCGGUGGAGGUGCAUCUUCAGUGAUUGCAGUAGGAGGUGCUGGACCGCAUCGCGCAAUUGUUUCAUCAGUUCUACAGCGCACAGCGAUGCAAGCGGAAAUGGCCACUCCACGCACAUCCGCAUCAGUGACGGCAACAUCGGCAUCAAGCUCAAUAGGAAGGGCGAUAAGCCCCCCAUCACCCUCAUUUUCAGCAACUUCACCCGUUUUACCCACAGCUGAAUGCGACGGUGGAGAUGAUAAUAACUACAUAAAUCAUACCUCCAUAGCUUCGGCGAUUUCCGAUGCAACCAAUACCUUGACAAGCGAAAGCAAUGCUACCGGGCCUCUGAAAAAUGAUCCCGGAGAUCUUUGCACAUUCCUGAUACAGCGAGCGUGCAAAAAUCCAACGCUCGCUAACUAUCUUUACUGGUAUUUAUCUAUUGAGGUGGAGGACCAUGAGUCCUUACGCAAACAGGAUGAGCGAGUGCAUGAUAUGUACGUGAUGGUGUUGCGAAUGUUCCUUAAAGUCUUGGAAACUGGCAACUUCCAGUUGCGAAGUAUUUGGCAUAAUUUGAAGAAGCAACAAGUUUUAAUAGAUGAGCUCGUCAAAUUGGUUAAAAUCGUGGCUAAGGAACCGGGCAAUCGCAAUAAGAAAACUGAGAAGUUUCAGAAACUGCUGUCCGACACAGACGCUUUUAAAAUAAACUUCACUGGCUUCGACCCACGACCAUUUCCAUUGGAUCCGGAAAUUUACAUCAUAAGGAUUGUUCCAUUAAAAACGUCUCUCUUCAAAAGUGCAUUGAUGCCUGCCAAAUUGACUUUCGUCUCUACCAUUGGCAAACACGAAUAUGUAGCCAUUUUUAAGCAUGGCGAUGAUCUUCGCCAAGAUCAAUUAAUAUUGCAAAUGAUUACCCUAAUGGACAAACUGUUGAGACGGGAGAACUUGGAUCUAAAACUAACGCCUUACAAGGUGCUGGCCACCAGUUCGAAGCAUGGUCUCCUGCAGUACAUCGAUUCCUAUACUGUAGCCGAUGUUCUGGCGCGAGAGGGCAGCAUACACAACUUUUUCCGUAAGCAUAGUCCGUGCGAAAAUGGGCCGUACGGCAUUGCGGCGGAGACUAUGGAUACAUAUAUCAAGAGCUGUGCUGGUUACUGUGUGAUAACAUAUUUACUAGGUGUAGGCGAUCGUCACUUGGAUAACUUGCUUCUCACAACCAAUGGUAAAUUGUUCCAUAUCGAUUUUGGUUAUAUACUAGGACGUGAUCCGAAACCUAUGCCGCCACCUAUGAAGCUGAGCAAAGAGAUGGUAGAAGCUAUGGGAGGCGUCAGUUCCGACCAUCACCAUGAGUUUCGGAAGCAGUGUUAUACAGCAUAUUUGCAUCUGCGUCGCCACGCCAAUGUCAUGCUUAAUCUUUUCUCGCUUAUGGUAGAUGCCUCCGUGCCGGAUAUAGCACUCGAACCGGAUAAGGCUGUGAAAAAAGUGGAGGAGAAUUUGCAAUUAGGCCUAACAGACGAAGAGGCGGUGCAACAUCUUCAAGCAUUACUAGACGUCUCCAUUACUGCGGUUA